UCGGUGCCUCCACUCCACUCCCCCUUAAUUGUCUCGCUUUCAUUCUCUCUCUCUCUCUCUCUCUCUCUCUCUCUACAGCGGACCGUUACGCAUGACAUAAAACCCUUUUCUCUCUCCCACUCUGGAAUCCAUUGGGGAAAGACAUGACUGCUGCAAGUGUAGCCAGUGGGCACUGGAAGAAAGCAAUGAAGAUGGGUCUCUCUCUCUUCCGCAGCGGCUUCAACUCCUCCAAAUGCAAGACGAUGACGAAGAUGGCGGUGGCGAGGAUAAAGCUGCUGAGGAACAAGAGAGAGGCGGUGGUCAAGCAGAUGAGGCGCGACAUCGCUUUGCUUCUUCAGUCUGGUCAAGACGCCACUGCUCGCAUUCGGGUUGAGCAUGUGAUAAGAGAACAAAAUGUUAUGGCUGCAAACGAGGUCCUUGAGCUAUUCUGUGAACUAAUCGUGGCGAGACUUACCAUUAUUGCAAAGCAAAGGCAAUGCCCAGAAGAUCUGAAAGAAGGGAUAGCGAGCCUAAUAUUUGCAGCCCCACGGUGCUCAGAUAUUCCGGAACUUUUGUCGAUUCGGGACAUAUUUGAGAAGAAAUAUGGAAAAGAUUUUGUGUCUGCGGCUACCGAUCUACGACCCAACGCUGGUGUAAAUCGAAUGCUUAUUGAGAAGUUGUCUGUUAGAACCCCUAGUGGUCAAGUAAAACUCAAGGUCAUGAAGGAAAUAGCCAAGGAACACCAGAUUGAGUGGGAUACGACGGAGUCUGAGAUUGAGCUUCUGAAGCCUCUGGAGGAACUCAUAGAAGGACCGAAUAAUUUUGUGAGUGCCACCAGCCUACCCAUCAAGCCUUUACCAAGGCAAUCUUCUGAGCCAAAGAAUCAAACCACCAGAUAUUCAGGUAACAUGGAAAGGGACACUAUGGAUUUUGAAGACACUGCAUCAGCUGCUGAAGCAGCUGCUGAGGCAGCUAAGAAAGCAAUUGCUGCAGCAGAAGCCGCAGCCUAUCUGGCCCAAAAAGACCAGAAUCAGGUCUCUGAAAAAUCUGGGUAUUGGAGUAACAACACAAGUGGUUACAACAAUCGUAAGCCCAUAUAUGGGACUCUUUCUGGAAAUGGUCCUCCAAUUAACUCCCAGCAUAUGGGUGAUAAUUCUGAAGUCCCAGACCAUGCGUAUGAGUCACAUAGUUUUGGAAAUUCUCAUUAUUCGAGCAAUGAAGAAGACAUUGUACCCCCUAACGUUGGUUCAAGAAUGGUUAAUAGGAGACACAGCAUCCCAUCUGCACAUUCUAAUAUAAAGUUUGAUGAAUCAGACUGUGAUGAAGAAGAGAUUGACAUGGAAGAACCUACCGAUGGUGGUAAUUUUCCACCAUGCCGCCCUGCUCCUCAAGUACCUCAUGUUAAACAGGAUCCAGUUCCUCGAACUCAUCCGAAUUUGCCAGAUUAUGAUGCACUUUCUGCGCGUUUUGAAGCUCUCAAGCAUCGCAAGUCGACUUAAAGAUGAUUAGGUUGAUUUUUGCAUUUUUUGUCUCAGCCUUUGUACUUCGUAUAGGUAUUACAUUUGUCUAUUCAAUCAUACUGAUCCUAAAUAACUUGGGUUGCGAAAGUUUGUUUUGGUGUACUGUGAUUGACAGGAAACUGUUUUGUCGAUUUGAUCUUUAUGGGUAAUGAAAUAUACGGGGUUUAUACGGA